AUGAUUGCCUCAGUGGAUCCUAUAAUUUGCGCCAAAUGCUGUCGACAUGAGCACAGGCGAUUGCCAUUUCACAAGAUUAGCAAAUGGAACGGGAGCUUUUUUGAAGAAACAUCAUUAACCAAGAUAGAAUUGGAAAUUCAUCUCGGGCAUGAUGGGCUGCCGUGUCCGGUUCUGGAAAAUGCACAUGAGUGGGAGGACAUGGACGAGCCUGUGUAUGAACCUUCCUAUGAUCGCUCAGCUAUACCGGAGUUGCCUUUCCUUCACGGCAAGGAAUGCACAACCGUGGUUGACAAAUCCGGCGUCCAUUCCCUGAUAAUCCGGUAUUGUAAAUGCCCAAAUGCAUGUACCCCGGACAAGCAGUUAUUUGCGAUAGGCAUGUUUCCAGCAUCUUUCAGUCAGCCGAAGUCAGCAUUCACGUUUUCUGUACUGGACGGCUUUCUGCUCGAUAACUUAGAAUGCGGAACAUCAGCUAUGAAUUACUACAGUAAAUUGAGGAGAAUGACAUCUAGCAUAUUUCCCCACUCAGUCCCGGACCGCUACAGGGAAUUGAUGCGGGUGGGACGGCAAUGGCGUCAACUAAAACUGCUGAAAUGGAACGGCUUCGCUCACGACAGAAAACAACCGGAAUCAGGUGAACUUGCUCUUUUUUGCCCAGCCCGGCCGAAAGACACAGCUGAUGAUCCGGAAUGGAUAUAUGCGAGAUCUCUGGUCAUGGAUGGUAAUUUCAAAGCAGAACAUUUGCAUCCUACUCGUCCGGAAGAUGAAGUAUGGUUGACCGAUGGCCUGUGCUUCAUGGUGACCCGAGACAAAUACAAGGCCCAUCUAGCCGGCGCCAACGAACAUGUUCAAAUGUCAGAGUGCAACAACCACCGGGCUGUGAAUCAAGCAAAUGCUUCCCGACACAAACUGGAAGCUACAGGAAUUGGUGGUUGUGCAUGCGCUCGACAUGGCUGUUUUGUGCCUCAUUCCAUUGUUGAUUUCCAGAAAGGGGAAAGACAAAUGAAUAUGGACUACGCUCUUUGUCAUGCUUUGAGCCAUCACACCAAUGGACUCACACGAGCCUUAACAUUCUAUGACAUCAACUGCCAGUAUAACAAGCAUUUCCGGCGUAGGGUAAAUGAAAGUCCAUACAUGAGCAUCCCUGCCGGUAUGGAGAUCGUACCGGGAAUAGGACUGUGGCAUGUCCAUGGCCAUCAGGACAAGUGCUAUGUGAGGUAUGCAUCAACCUUUAUUACAGGAGCAGCCAGAAUAGAUGGGGAGAUUAUGGAGACGUUAUGGGCACCAUUAAAUAUUAUAUCUCCUUCUGCGAGAGGGAUGUCAACCCCGCACCGACAAGAAUGUCUCGACUACCAAAUGAACGACUCUAAUUUCAUGAAAAUGAUAAGAAUGAGUGGUUUUCUAUGUCGGAAAUAUCGAGAGGCUGUCAAGGGAGUUUCCAAAAGCACGGCAGCAUUUCAAAAGCUUCAUGAUGCCGCCGAUCCGACCAUAGUUGAAAAAUGGGAAGAGCAGGAUCGACAAGCACAAAUACGGAGACUGGCAGAUCCUUCGGCGAUGGAUGUUUUUGACGUGCAGCUACAAAAGGCACCGACGCGGAAACAACAAGAGCUGGCCUUGCUGGCUCGUGUUGGCCGUGGAGGUGGGAACGCGCAAUGGGGUGCCGCCACAUGGAUCGCAUCCGGGAUCACAAUCGAAGAGCUGCAGAUAUCUUUGUUGAUGGACAUCAGGAGGUUGGGAAAACAUCCCACCGAAACGCAGCACUUGGAGAUAGGGAGACGCCGGACAAAGUUGCAAAGCCGGAUUGAUGAAUUUACGAUUGCUGCAGUCAAUCAUCUCGGAGAGGACUUCGAUCUGGAUGAUGACAUCAGAGAUAUGGAGGUUGAAUUCAUUGAUGAUUCAGAGCAAGAAGUGGACGCUGUUACCGACAGUGAACAUGAUUCCCAUGAAGAUCCGCGAUGCAUGGUCUUCCGCCCCGAGAAUGUCAUGAUACCUCUUCCAUCCAACAUCGGCAUCCAUAGAUGCACGGAGUUAGGCGUAGGCCACCUAGUUGGUCAGGAAAUUGCACUUCGGGAAGGGCAGGCUAACGACACCCUGCAAGCAAUCAGAGUACUUCUAGCCGACAAGGCUGUGCUCUUCCGCACCACCGUCCGUCCGGCAAAAUCUCAGGCCAAGGUCACCAGAGCAUGGACGCAGGUUCAUUCGGUGGAAAGGGUCAUCAGACUGCAAACUAUGAUUUAUUCAAAAUGCCAGGCGCAACUUAGCAAUCUACAAGCUCAUGCUCUAUUGGAAAAAUAUCUUCGGAUGGAGAAGAGUCAUUUGAAGGCAAGCGCUGCAGUCGCCGAUCCGAACGCCCGGGGACAGAGAAACUCCACCCUUCCGUGGUUCUGGUCUCUUGAUGUACAAGGUGAUUCCAUUAGCAACGAUUGGAUGAACGAAUGUGAGUGA